UUCUUCCACCGGCGUUCAGUCGUGGAGCGGAUUGACGGUUUGCGGGCGCAUGAGUGUGCGUUUCGGGGAUGUGACGGCUGCCGCGCGGUGUAACGACCCUGAAUUUAAAACUCACGCACACGGAGAAAGAGAGAGAGAGAGAGAGAGAGAGAGACUCGCACAUGUGACCCGGGGACACCGAGGACAGGACAACCGUAGCAGAGCGGGUACAACGGCGCGAGGGAGUUUUUACGCCGGCGCGGGAAAAGCGUGGCACGAGAGCGACGCGCGAGCGAGAGAACAAACCCCCCGAACCGGACAGCGCGCGCGAGAAAUGGCGGAGCACCACGCAGCCAGCGACGGCAAGCACAAAGCGUCCGCCGGUGCCGGCGGCUCGGUGCACGGGAGCAGCCGACCCGGCGCCGCGGUUGGAGGAGGAGGAGGAGGAGGAACGGGCAAAGGAGGCCUGUCCGGCGGACUGACACAGCCGGCGGGCUGGCAGUCCCUGCUCUCCUUCAGUAUCCUCUUCCUGGCCUGCCUGGCGGGAUUCAGCUCCAGACUCUUCGCCGUGAUCCGCUUCGAGAGCAUCAUCCACGAGUUCGACCCAUGGUUCAACUACAGAUCAACACAUCAUCUCACCACAAAUGGCUUCUACGAGUUCCUCAACUGGUUCGAUGAAAGGGCCUGGUACCCAUUGGGCAGGAUCGUCGGUGGCACAGUUUACCCCGGGUUAAUGGUGACUGCGGGCCUCAUCCACUACGUGCUCAACCUGCUCCACAUCACCGUCCACAUCCGCGACGUGUGCGUCUUUCUGGCCCCGGUGUUCAGCGGCCUGACCGCCAUCUCCACCUUCCUGCUCACGCGGGAGCUGUGGAACCAGGGUGCAGGGCUGCUGGCGGCUUGCUUCAUCGCCAUCGUCCCCGGCUACAUCUCCCGCUCCGUCGCAGGGUCUUUCGACAAUGAGGGCAUCGCCAUCUUCGCCCUGCAGUUCACCUACUACCUCUGGGUCAAGUCGGUGAAGACGGGCUCUGUAUUCUGGGCUAUUGGCUGUUGUCUCUCCUACUUCUACAUGGUGUCGGCGUGGGGAGGCUACGUGUUCAUUAUCAACCUGAUACCUCUGCACGUGUUUGCACUGCUGCUGAUGCAACGCUACAGCCGGAGAGUCUACAUCGCAUACAGCACAUUCUACAUCGUGGGGCUCGUGUUGUCGAUGCAGAUCCCGUUUGUCGGCUUCCAACCAAUCAGGACCAGUGAGCACAUGGCGGCUGCUGGUGUGUUCGCACUGCUGCAGGCCUACGCCCUCCUGCAGUACCUGAAGGACAGACUCACCAGACAGGAGUUCCAGACGCUGUUCUUCCUCGGAGUCUCUCUGGCUGCCGGCGUGGUCUUCCUCACUGUGAUCUAUCUCACAUACACAGGAUACAUUGCUCCGUGGAGCGGCCGCUUCUACUCUCUCUGGGACACGGGCUACGCUAAGAUCCACAUCCCCAUCAUAGCGUCGGUGUCGGAGCACCAGCCGACGACGUGGGUCUCCUUCUUCUUUGACCUCCACAUCCUGGUGUGCACCUUUCCAGCCGGCCUCUGGUUCUGCAUCAAGAACAUCAACGAUGAACGAGUGUUUGUGGCCCUGUACGCCAUCAGCGCCGUCUACUUUGCCGGCGUGAUGGUGCGUCUGAUGCUGACGCUGACCCCGGUGGUGUGCAUGCUGUCGGCGGUGGCUUUCUCCAGCGUCUUCGAGCACUACAUGGGCGACGACACCAAGAGGGAGAAGCCCCCCGCCGAAGACAGCAGCGACGAGGACGACAAGAGGAACUCUGGGAAUCUCUAUGACAAGGCCGGAAAGGUGCGCAAACACGUGUCGGAGCAGGAGAAGGCGGAGGAGGGUCUGGGUCCCAACAUCAAGUCCAUCGUCACCAUGUUGAUGCUGAUGCUGCUGAUGAUGUUCGCCGUCCACUGCACCUGGGUCACCAGCAACGCCUACUCCAGUCCCAGUGUGGUGCUCGCCUCGUACAACCACGAUGGGACACGCAACAUCCUGGACGACUUCCGGGAGGCGUACUACUGGCUGAGACAGAACACGGACGAGCACGUGCGCGUCAUGUCGUGGUGGGACUACGGCUACCAGAUCGCCGGCAUGGCCAACAGGACCACGCUGGUGGACAACAACACGUGGAACAACAGUCACAUAGCGCUGGUGGGGAAAGCAAUGUCGUCCAAUGAGAGCGCAGCCUAUAAAAUCAUGAGGUCGCUCGACGUGGACUACGUGCUGAUCAUCUUCGGAGGAGUGAUCGGCUACUCGGGCGACGACAUAAACAAGUUCCUGUGGAUGGUGAGGAUAGCGGAGGGCGAGCACCCGAAGGACAUCAGGGAGAGCGACUACUUCACCCCGCAGGGGGAGUUCAGAGUGGACAAGGCUGGUUCACCGACUCUGCUCAACUGCCUCAUGUACAAGAUGUCCUACUAUCGAUUUGGUGAAAUGCAGCUGGACUUCCGGACGCCGCCGGGCUUCGACCGCACGCGUAACGCCGAGAUCGGCAACAAGGACAUCAAGUUCAAGCACCUGGAGGAGGCGUUCACCUCGGAGCACUGGCUGGUCCGGAUCUACAAGGUGAAGAACCUGGACAACCGGGAGCCGCUGGACCACAAGCUGCGCAGCGUCGUGCCCAGGCAGAAGUACACGUCCAAGAAGACUGCCAAGAGGAAGCGAGGGCACAUCAAGAACAAGCUCGCCCUGCGGAAAGGCAAGAAGCUCCAAAAAAAAUAAUGACGACGACGAACUCUUCUAGGAAAAACUAAAACACACAAAACAAACAAAUGCGAAGAAAAACCUCUUAACAACCAACGAAGAAGAACACAGGGGCCGUUUGUGAGGCACUUGGUCUGGAGAGCUUCUCGUUAGGGCGCCCCCGUGUGUUGAGGAUGUUGAAGUGUCGUGUCUGGCUUUGCUCCAGAACUAUUGUCCCGUUUUAUCCCGAGGACGCUGUCUUGCUUUUUUUUUUUUUAGUUUUCUUCCCCCUCUUUUUUUGUCUGUUAAUUUUUUUACGUUUUACUUGAAUGUGUGGCGAGGUUAUAGGGCUGCUCUAAUGGGUUUUGGCGUCUGUUCAUUUUUUUUGUGGUACGUGAAUAAACUGCUUAUCAGUACGGGGGGUGGGGGGCGGGGGGUGGCUGUGGGCGAAGGGGAGAACGAGAGAAGACGAGGAACAUUUGCACCAAAGACCCAUCGACCUUUGCUCCGCGGCACGUGUGAACUUAUUACUGAGGAGGAGGAGGAGGAAGAGGAAGUGCAGGAGCGAACGCCGAGGACUCGGUUCCUGACGCGUGUACAGAGGACAGUAUGCGGUAUGGAGGAACGUUACCGUCCAGGCACACACCCAUCUGUACUAACCUUUUUAUCAUCAUUAUCGUCGUCGUCGUCGCCAUCUCCUUCAUGUCUGCCUGGCUCCCUCACCUUUAUUUUUCCAACUAAUUCUUUAGAAGAAGAAAAAAAAAAUUGGCCUAAUAUGUAAAUAUGUAUGUUUUCUGUAAAGAAAAUAAGGAUGAUAAUAUAUUGGAUUAUUGUGGUGAUUUUUAAAUAUGCAGUUUUUUUUCCUCUUGA